AAUCAUAUCUUAUCAUGCUCUCCACAUCUCUCUAGUACACGUCAGGAGUUUCCCCCGAUUUUUCUCAUUGGUCAAUCUGUCAUUAGUUUGUGGGUGUCUGUUGAUGACUAUAGAUAUAGCGGCCCUGUAUAUAUAUGCGGAUAUAUCGGUUUCCAGAUAGUGAAACCCUACGUUAGAGUCUUGCACGAGUUUCCUCAUCUCUCUCCGCUUUCAGGAAGAGGGCAGACGCCAAAUCAAAACACACACACACAGAGCUUAAACUUUCAACAAUGGCCGCGAUUGAUCCAACUCGGGGGUUCCUUAAAGAUGUUAAGCGUAUCGUAAUCAAGGUCGGGACGGCUGUCGUCACCCGAGAUGACGGAAGACUUGCGCUUGGAAGGUUGGGAGCUCUGUGUGAGCAGAUUCAGAUACUAAAUUCUCAAGGAUUCGAGGUUAUCCUGGUCUCAUCAGGUGCUGUUGGUGCUGGUCGACAGCGGCUUAGAUACAGGAAAUUAGUCCAUAGCAGCUUUGCCGACCUCCAGAAACCACAAGUUGAGCUUGAUGGCAAGGCGUGUGCAGCUGUUGGACAAAAUGGUCUCAUGGCACUUUAUGAUACAUUGUUCAGUCAGCUGGAUGUGACAUCAGCUCAGCUUCUCGUGACCGAUAAUGACUUCAGGAGUCCAGAGUUUAGGAAACAACUUACUGAAACAGUGGAUUCACUAUUGUCGUAUAAGGUUAUUCCCGUAUUUAAUGAGAAUGACGCUGUUAGUACUCGUCGAGCUCCAUAUGAGGAUUCUUCUGGUAUCUUCUGGGAUAAUGACAGUUUGGCUGCUCUACUAGCUUUGGAGCUAAAAGCCGACCUUCUUGUUCUGUUAAGUGAUGUAGAUGGUCUCUACAGUGGCCCUCCAAGUGAUCCUCAGUCAAAGCUAAUUUAUACGUACAUUAAGGAGAAGCUCGAGAAUACAAUUACUUUUGGCGACAAGUCAAGGCUAGGAAGAGGCGGAAUGACCGCUAAAGUAAAAGCUGCUGUUUAUGCUUCACAGGCUGGCAUCCCUGUCAUUAUAACGAGUGGCUUUGCCGGGGACAAUAUUAUUAAAGUUCUCCAAGGACAGCACAUUGGUACACUCUUCCAUCAGGAUGCUCAUACAUGGGUCUCAAAUGGAGAGUUAAAUGCACGUGAGAUGGCAGUAGCGGCAAGGGAAAGUUCCAGGCGCCUUCAGGCCAUGCCUGCGAAAGAAAGAGCUAAGAUUUUACUUGACAUAGCUGAUGCCCUGGAAGCAAAUGAGAAAGUGAUCAUACAUGAAAAUGAAGCUGAUGUUGCUAGUGCGCAAGAUGCUGGAUAUGAAACAUCAUUAGUCUCUCGGUUGGCUCUGAAGCCUGGAAAGGUCUCUAGUCUUGCGAAAGCCAUACGCGUGCUUGCAAAUAUGGAAGAACCGAUUGGACAAGUAUUAAAAAGAACAGAGCUUUCAGAUGGAUUCAUUUUAGAUAAGACAUCGUCUCCUUUGGGUGUCCUGCUUGUUAUCUUUGAGUCCAGGCCUGAGGCGCUAGUUCAGAUAGCAUCAUUGGCUAUCCGAACCGGGAAUGGGCUCCUAUUGAAAGGGGGGAAGGAAGCAAGACGGUCCAACGCAAUCUUGCACAAGAUUAUUACUACAGCCAUACCAGAAAACAUUGGUGCAGGACUAAUCGGACUUGUGACUUCUAGAGAAGAUAUUCCUGAAUUGCUUAAGCUUGAUGAUGUUAUCGAUCUUGUGAUUCCAAGAGGCAGCAACAAACUUGUCUCUCAAAUCAAGUCUUCAACAAAAAUUCCUGUUCUAGGUCAUGCUGAUGGAAUUUGUCAUGUCUACGUUGACAAAUCUGCUGAUAUGGAGAUGGCAAAGAACAUAGUUUUGGAUGCAAAAACAGAUUACCCAGCAGCCUGUAAUGCUAUGGAAACACUUCUUGUUCAUAAGGAGCUGAUGGAGAAUGGUGGUGUUAAUGAGCUUCUCAUUGAACUUCAAACUAAAGGGGUUAGCAUAAAUGGUGGACCAAGGGCAAGCUCAAUGCUUAAUCUUCCACCAGCACCUUCAUUUCAUCACGAGUAUAGUUCAAUGACUUGCACCAUUGAAAUUGUGGAUGAUGUGCAUGCUGCCAUUGAUCAUAUACACAAGCAUGGAAGUGCACAUACUGAUUGUAUUGUUACAGAAGACCGUGAAGUUGCGGAUGUCUUUCUACGUCAAGUUGACAGUGCUGCGGUAUUUCACAAUGCAAGCACAAGAUUUAGUGACGGAUUUCGCUUUGGUCUUGGCGCAGAGGUUGGUAUAAGUACCAGCAGGAUCCAUGCUCGCGGCCCAGUAGGAGUUGAAGGAUUGCUUACAACACGGUGGAUUGCGAGAGGAAACGGACAAGUGGUGGAUAAUGAUAAAGGGGUUGUCUAUACUCACAGAGACCUCACCCUGCAAGCUUAAAACUAUGUUUGUUUCAGUGGUGAGUUGAAGCUCUCGAGUAUGGCAAAAAAAAACCGCUACCUGAGUCUGUGCUUAUGAAGUUGAAUGAAAUUAAGCUAUAAAGGGGGAAAAAAGCAGAUAAGGGAAAGAUGGUCCGGGUGUUGUACCAUAAGAUUUGAACGGCUUUGGAAUUGAAUGCGUUCGUGACUUAAGCGGACCAGGCUGUGAACACAAGUAUUGGUUGAUUGAUUAUUAUGGAUGGAACAAAUAGGUUUAGUUUUGGGUCUAAUUUGGUGUAGUGAAGUGAAAUACUACUCAUACCGUCUCUUGUUAAAUUUAUGUGUCCUUAUAACUUAAUGGUGGGUUUCUUUCA